AUUCAAUGCAACUCUGGUCAAAGCAACAUAAAUAUUUUUAUUAACUUUUAUAAUAUAGCAAUUGCUAUAAAAAGAUCGGCUAUAACAUAUAAUAUAUAAACAUGGCAUCGAAAAGAAAACAAAAUUUUGCUGUGUCUGAUAGUGAAAUAUUUAAAAAGAAACACACUCUAGACUCAGAUGAAGAAGACUCCGACGACUACGAACGAGACAAUCUUAAUGACAGUGAUAUAGAAGGUGGUGAAGAAGGUGUGGGUAAGGUAGAAGAUGAUGUCAAGAUAACACCAUUUAAUAUGCGUGAAGAACUGGAAGAGGGGCAUUUUGAUAAGGAAGGCCACUAUCACUGGAACAAAGAAGCAGAAAUUAAGGAUAACUGGUUAGAUAACAUAGACUGGGUUAAGGUAGAGAAAGAUAAAAACUACUUUGAUCCAAACAAUGAUGAAAACUCGGCGGAUAGCAGUUUACCUGCUAAACCAUUCAACCAGUCAAUGGCCCUUACUAAAAUGCUGGAGUAUAUGAAACCAGGUGAAAGUGUCCAAAUGGCUUUGCAACGAUUGGGUCGUAAGCGACCUAAGCUAUCAACUCUCGAGAAGCUGCGGCAAAAGAAAGCCGGCAUUGAGAACAAUGAAACGCAACAAAUUGCAAAACUAACGGAAUUGGCAAACGAAAUACUGUCAAAUACUGGAAACAUGGAUAUAUAUCAAGAAACAUAUGAAAAGAUAAAACAUAAACUAGAAGAUUUGCCAAGCACAAGCAAGCCAAUGGGCGAUUCUUUCGAUAUGUAUGCCGAUGAUUUCGAAGAAAAAGAGUCUAAGCUCUUAAAGGACUCACAAAAAGAAGCAAACGAGCCAAGUACAAAUGAACUAAAAUGGGAGUUUAAGUGGAAACAGACAGAUGAUGAAAUACAGGGCCCAUACAGUACAGAAAAAAUGUUUAAUUGGUCUCAAGGAGACUAUUUUAAGACUGGAGUGUAUGUACGCAAAGUUGGAGAGAAUUCAAAUUUUUAUUCGAGCAAUAGAAUAGAUUUUGAUUUGUAUUUGUAAGCCAAUGUUUAUACUUAUCGCUAAGUAAUGUUUUUGGUUUUCACUACGUUAGGAAAUAAAGGAGCAUUUUAAGUUUCGCAAGAGUUAAUCGAUGAUCUAUGGUGGACUUCGAGCUUAAAUAAAUAUAAUUGAAAUAAUGGAA